AUGGAAACACCCGCCCCAGGCCUGAGUCAGGAGAAGGUAUCCUCUUUUGUGAAGCGUUUGCGAGCCGAGCCUCGAUACCUGCUUGCCCAGAACGUGUCCACCUGCAUUGACCCUCUAGAGGUGUGCCUGCACAGGCAGACAGUCCAGGACACGGUGCACAUCUUCCAGCAUACCAUCCCCACGGAGGGUAAACCAGUCACCAACCAGAAGAACUCAGGGAGAUGUUGGAUCUUCUCGUGCCUCAAUGUCAUGCGACUUCCAUUUAUGAAGAAGUUUAACAUUGAAGAGUUUGAGUUCAGUCAGUCCUAUCUCUUUUUCUGGGACAAGGUGGAACGCUGCUAUUAUUUCUUACAUGCCUGUGUGGAGACAGCUCAGAGGAAGGAGCCAGUAGAUGGCCGAUUGGUCCAGUUUCUGCUCUCAAAUCCCACUAAUGACGGUGGCCAAUGGGAUAUGCUGAUUAAUCUCAUUGAAAAAUAUGGCGUCAUCCCAAAGAAGUGCUUUCCUGAGUCUCACAGCUCCGAGGCCUCCCGUAGAAUGAACGAUAUCCUCAAUCACAAGCUGAGAGAGUAUUGUCUAAGGCUGAGGAACAUGGUGGCCAGUGAGGCUACCAAGGCUGAGCUUAGUGAAGCAAUGGACACCAUGAUUGAGGAGGUGUUUCGAGUGGUUACUGUGUGUCUGGGCAGUCCUCCAGACACUAUCUGUUGGGAAUACAGGGACAAGGACAAGAUCUUCCACCGUAUGGGCCCUUUGACCCCAAAGGAGUUCUACACAAAGCAUGUUAAGCCACUCUACAACCUGCAGAACAAGGUGUGCCUUGUGAACGACCCCCGACCUCAGAACCCCUUCGGGAAGCUGUACAGUGUGGAGUUCUUGGGUAACAUGGUGGGCGGCCGCAGCACGCUGUACAAUAAUCAACCCAUUGAGCUACUGAAGACAGCUGCUGCAGAAUCUAUAAAGGACGGAGAGGCUGUGUGGUUUGGCUGUGAUGUAGGGAAGCAUUUCCAUGGCAAGCUGGGCAUCAAUGACAUGAACGUGUUUAACCAUGAGCUGGUGUUUGGGGUCUCAGUGAAGAACUUAACAAAGGCAGAGCGACUGAUCUACGGAGACUCAAUGAUGACACAUGCCAUGAUCCUCACUGCUGUAACCGACAAGGCUGAGAAGGAGGGAUGCUAUGAGAAGUGGAGGGUGGAGAACUCGUGGGGUGAUGACCGUGGGAAUAAAGGCUAUCUGAUCAUGACGGAUGAGUGGUUCUCUGAAUAUGUGUAUGAGGUCGUGGUGGAUAAGAAGGUCCUCUCUGCUGAAGUGAUGGAGGUCAUGCAGCAGGAGCCUGUCGUUCUCCCCGCCUGGGACCCGAUGGGAGCCCUGGCAUAACCAUGGAAACCGAGAGUGCCCUGCUCAAUCUGGUCUCAGCCUGGCCUUUCUGACUCCGCCCCUUUGGUUUUACCCUUCAUAAACUCCCACAACAGCCUGUUUUAGACUAAAUAAAUUUUUUCUUUUUUUACUGGACUGCAUGUCUUAUGACAGUUCAUUGGAAUUAUCUUUCAUUAAGAAACACAACUGGGUUUAAUUAUAUUUCGUUAUAGAACUAUGAUUUAUGGUGAUAUAUUGUUCAUUUUCACAGCGCUGCAGAGAAAAGGCAGUCAUAUGUACUUUUUUAUAUGCUAGUUUGCACUAGUUCUCACAGUAUCCUCUUACUGCUGAGUUAUGAACCUUUCAUUCUGAUCUUGAAAUGAAGUUCCAAAUUAAGCCUUCAAGCUCAAAGCAAAUGAAUUUUAUGAUCAUUUUAGUAUUGUUUGUGUUUCUGCCUUUGCCAGUGGUGACCCAAGCCAAGCUAAAGUGAGAAGGAGUAGGCUGGUGCAGGAAGGAGAGAUAUGAAAUGUCAAGUGUCACCUUCCAGAGUACUUCAGCUCUUCUUAGCAAAACAGUGUGCUAAGCUGUGAUGCACUAGCAGUACCACUACAUUUUUUCAGGGCUCUUGUGAUGGGCAGGUCAUGCCUGCUUUCCUUUCACCUUACCGUCCUCAUCUAAAAGAACACUGCUGCAUCUUCAGUGUAGUCUGUGGCAUUUUCAGCUGCUAAAAUCUUUGAAGAUAUCAAAGACCCGAGGCAUCCAAUAUCCUGAAGAAUCAAAUGUCCUUCAACUCCUUUAUAACCUGCAAUGUUUGAAACUCAUUAGUCCUCAAAAUGAGUUCAUACAUCAGACACACCGGUAGAGGCCUGUGUAUGUACAUUUAUUAAUUUAUAAAUCAAUAAAUUCCCUGUUAAUAUGGCAACCAAAGCUUGA